AUGGCCUCUGAAGAGUGUCCACGUCCCAAACGCAUCAAAUUAGAUGUAUCGGACGCAGUGGCUCAUAUUGUCGGUAGCACUGUCGUGAGCGAGAAGUUGAAUGCUGGCAAGAGCGCUGAGGAUGGCGAAAAGGAUGGCCAGAACACAGUCGUUACGGCUAUUGUGGAUUCUCACCCGGAGGCGGAUGACGAGCGAUGGAUUCAUCUACUCUUCACUUGGUCAGGAAAGCCGUUCACGCUUGAUAUAGCAGAGUCUGACAGAGUCUACGACUUAAAGGCUUUACUGCAGAGUCUUACGGACGUACCACCGGAGAGGCAGAAGAUCCUUGGUCUCGUCAAGGGCAAAUUACCGCCUGAUGAGGAGCGUAUCGGAGAUCUGAAGCUCGUCAGUGGCAAGAAAUUCACUCUUGUCGGCACUCCGCAAGGGCAUGAAAUCAAAGAUCCAUCUCAACUCGAGUAUCUCCCAGAUGUGUUCAAUGAUCUGGACGUGGAUUUCUCGGCCAACCCCGAUGCUGCGCGAGAGUACAUCAAUGACCAACGGAAUCAACGAAAGAUCAGGGAAUAUACCAGUAAACUCAAUAUCAAUGUCAUUCAUCCGUUAAGGGAAGGCAAGCGCUUGCUUGUGCUGGACAUCGAUUAUACGAUAUUGGACACCAAACCUCUCACGUCCGGUGCAUUGCCUCCACAUGAGUGCGCGAGACCGCGGUUGCACGAGUUUCUUGAGGCGGUCUAUCCUCAUUAUGACAUUUGUAUCUGGUCUCAGACCAGCUGGAUAUGGCUCGAGACUAAGCUUGUUGAACUUGGAAUGCUUGGAGCUGGACGCAACUACCAGAUCUCAUUUGUCCUCGACAAGACCAGUAUGUUCACCGUUUUCUCGAAACGAGAAGGCAAGAUGUACAAGCAUUCUGUGAAGGCCCUUCAGAUUAUCUGGAAUCACUUUCCUCAGUACAAUGCCAGCAACACACUUCAUGUCGAUGACCUGGGCCGCAACUUUGCAUUGAAUCCUGGAGAAGGUUUGAAGAUACCCGCAUUCAAAGAUGCGCAUACCACACGCGCGAUGGCAGACCGCGAGCUGGACAAACUCGCGCGCUAUAUGGUACAUAUCGCCACUAUCCACGAGGAUUUCCGUUAUGUAAACCACAAGGACUGGCAGUUAGUAGCACGGGCACUGCCUCCAUAG